AUGGAAGACCAGCAGCAGCAGCAAAAUGAGGCACAACCCGACGACAAGAGCAAGAGCAGCAGCAGUAUUAGCAUCUGGCAGAAGCUGCUCAUGUCGCCGCUCUCGUGCCUAACCAUCUUCAUCGUCGUCGUCUGCAUCACCGAGCGGCGGCAGAUUGCUCACGACCCAAUCAACUUCAGCGUCCUCAACAUCGUCGUCGAAGUCAUCAGUGCGUAUGGCAACGUGGGAUUCAGCACCGGGUACAGCUGCAGCAGGCAGGUGACGCCCGACGGCAGCUGCAGGGACGCGUGGGUUGGCUUCUCCGGCAAGUGGAGCAGGGAAGGGAAGCUCACGCUCAUGGCCGUCAUGUUCUACGGCAGGCUCAAGAAGUUCAGCAUGCAUGGGGGUCAGGCAUGGAAGCUGGGCUAA